AUGCAAGCUUACACUCCCACAACGGUUUUGGUACAGAGAAAAUCGGCUCGUGCUGCAGCUAUGGUAACAUUGCACAGUCUGGCAAUGGCAGAGUUGCCACGUAGAUGUCAUGCUGGGGAUAUGCCCAAGUCAUCAAAGCUUACACUAAUGAAUUUGGCAAAUCCAACUGCUUUGCUUUUGAGCGCCGUCACAAUGUUGCGCCAUCUGGAGCUUCACGAUAAAGCGGAUAGAAUCCAGGAUGCUGUGUUGAAAACGAUAGCAGAAGGGAAGUAUAGAACAGGCGAUCUUGGUGAUGCUGAGCCAAUGAUUGUCAGGCUCUCUGAAGACAUUUCUGGUCUGGGAGUAGUUCCAGAAGUUUGCUGGAAUGAUGAUGAAUAG